CGGCCAGCCCCGCCCCGCGCUCGCGGCUAGCCGCCCGGGCGCGCAACCGGUUGGUGGCCCCGCCCCAAGAACCCUCCUCCCGGGGGCCCCCAGCCCGCCGCCCGCCCGGCCCGGUGGGUGGGCGCCGGGCCGCCUCCGGCGGUGACUCUGCAACCUUGGCCCGGAGACUCUAGCGGGGACCCACCGACGGCGGCGGAGGCGGAGGCAACGGCGGGGACUUUGCCCAGUGCGGCGGACGGAGCGGACUGUGUGUCCGCGGGCGGGCCCCAGAGAUGUUGGCUUUCGCGGUCAGGACCGUGCCCAGGCAAGUGGCUGUCUCUUGCUAGGUUCUGCUCGCCCACUGGGUAGCACAGUUAGGCUUAGAGGCCCAGCCCAAGGCAGAAAGACAGGGCUCAGAACCUCAGUCCUGCCAUGGAGGACGGGCAGCAGAAAGAGAAGGUGAAGCCACUGGGCUUCCUCAGGCCCUCCUCCUUGAUGAAUGUCUCCAGCCGCUUCAAGGCCCACCAGGAUUCGCUGCCCCGGUUGCCCGUGCCCGCGCUCCGCCAGUCCCUGGACCGCUACCUCAAGGCGCUGCAGCCCAUCGUGAGCGAGGAGGAGUGGGCCCAGACCAAGCAGCUGGUGGAAGAGUUUCAGACCGCAGGGGGUGUAGGGGAGCGCCUGCAGAAGGGGCUGGAGCGCAGGGCCAGGAAGACGGAGAACUGGCUGUCCGAAUGGUGGCUCAAAACAGCCUACCUCCAGUACCGCCAGCCCCUGGUCAUCUACUCCAGCCCUGGUGUGGCCCUGCCCAAACAGGACUUUGUGGACCUGCAGGGACAGCUCCGGUUCGCUGCCAAAUUCAUCGAGGGCGUGUUGGAUUUCAAGGCCAUGGUUGACAACGAAACCCUGCCCGUGGAGUACCUGGGGGGGAAGCCGCUGUGCAUGAACCAGUACUAUCAGAUCCUGUCCUCCUGCCGCGUGCCAGGCCCCAAGCAGGACACGGUCAUCAGCUUCAGCAAGACCAAGAAGCCGCCCAUGCACAUCACUGUGGUGCACAACUACCAAUUUUUUGAGCUGGACGUGUACCACAGCGAUGGGACACCCCUGACAUCAGAUCAGAUCUUCGUGCAACUGGAGAAGAUCUGGAACUCGUCGCUGCAAACCAACAAAGAGCCCGUGGGCAUUCUCACCUCCAACCACCGCAACUCCUGGGCCAAGGCGUACAACACCCUCAUCAAAGACAAGGUGAACCGGGAAUCAGUACGCUCCAUCCAGAAGAGCAUCUUCACCUUGUGCCUGGACGCCCCCAUGCCCCGGGUCUCGGACGAUGUGUACCGCAGCCACGUGGCCGGCCAGAUGCUGCACGGGGGCGGGGGCAAGCUUAACAGCGGCAAUCGCUGGUUCGACAAGACGCUGCAGUUCAUCGUGGCAGAAGAUGGCUCCUGUGGGCUUGUUUAUGAGCAUGCAGCAGCAGAGGGCCCCCCCAUCAUUGCCCUUGUGGACCACGUCAUCGAGUUCACGAAGAAGCCCGAGCUUGUGCGGUCCCCCAUGGUGCCCCUGCCCAUGCCCAAGAAGCUGCGGUUCAACAUCACCCCCGAGAUCAAGAGUGACAUUGAAAAGGCCAGGCAGAAUCUCAGCAUCAUGAUCCAGGACCUGGACAUCAUGGUGAUGGUGUUCCACCACUUUGGAAAAGACUUCCCCAAGGCGGAGAAGCUGAGCCCCGAUGCCUUUGUCCAGAUGGCCCUACAGCUGGCCUACUACCGGAUUUACAAACAGGCGUGCGCCACGUACGAGAGUGCCUCCCUGCGCAUGUUUCACCUGGGCCGCACCGACACCAUCCGCUCUGCCUCCGUGGACUCGUUGGCCUUCGUCAAAGCCAUGGAUGACCCCAACGUGUCGGAGCACCAGAAGGUGGAGCUGCUGCGGAAGGCCGUGCAAGCCCACCGAGCCUACGCCGACCAGGCCAUCCGCGGGGAGGCCUUCGACCGGCACCUGCUGGGCCUGAAGCUGCAGGCCAUUGAGGACCUGGUGAGCAUGCCCGACAUCUUUAUGGACACCUCCUACGCCGUCGCUAUGCACUUCAACCUCUCCACCAGCCAGGUCCCUGCCAAGACAGACUGUGUCAUGUUCUUUGGGCCCGUGGUCCCAGAUGGCUAUGGCGUUUGCUAUAACCCCAUGGAGGCGCACAUCAACUUCUCCGUGUCGGCCUACAACAGCUGUGCCGAGACCAACGCAGCCCGCCUGGCGCACUACCUGGAGAAGGCACUCCUGGACAUGCGCGCACUGCUGCAGAACCACCCUCGGGCCAAGCUGUGAGCCCCCUGUGCUCAGGCCUGCCGGCGCCACAGCCACGCCCACCAACGUUCCGCUCCUUUGCUCCCUCCCCACCGGACCCUGCAGAUCUGACUAAUGCAGGGCCUGCAGGCCUGAGCCAGGGCCUUCCAUGGGGUCAUCCCCAGCAUUUGCUGGGCCCAGGUCCUGGGCUGAGUUCAGAGGCUGAGUAGGACGGAAGGCCCUGGCGCCCAGCGCGUCACCCAUGAGCCCACCUCCAGGGGAAGGAGCCCAAAGAGCCCGUCCCUCGCUAGGGCAGCAGACUGGGAAGUCCUUUUCUUGCUAGCUCAGCUCUAGCCAGCCCCCUGCCCUCUACACUGCUGGCUCCUAAGGAUCUAGAGCCAGGACUCUCUAGAGCCAGGGGCUCCAGGCCUCCCCAAGGCUGAGGCCAGGCUGCAGGGUGUGCUGGUAAGGGAAACCCAAGGCCUCGACGCGGCCCACCCUGCAUGGCAGUACUAUCUUCCCCGGGGGGGAGGGGGGUUGCUGUGCUCUUUUGGAUCAUGUGGCCCCUGAGCCCCGACUCACUUGCUUCCACUCAGCUUGAUUCCUGAACCAUGUUGAUGGUUGUAUAACAGUAACAUACAAGGUGAUUAAUUAAUAAAGCAGAAAUUUGUCGGUG